AACUAUUGCUGACAAAAUAUCACGUGGGCGCUUCAUCUGUGGAACUGUAUUCUUAAUGGCAUGAUUGGUUCCUCAAACUGUAGGCAACUUGGUCUAACAGACUUUAGUCAAUAUCAUUAUAGUCAGUAUCGAAGGUUAAGGAUAAAGAAGUUUAUUUGCAGUUCGAAAACCAUAUUUUUUCCAUUCUAACAGAGAAAACAAGAACGGAUAGCGAGUUUUAGAAGGUAGGCUAUGUGUUGCGCGUCACUUACCCAAACUAAUCGAUCCGUACGAUUUUAGCACCUGCGAACGAACCAGAAACAAAGCAUACUGGGACUUUGGCAGAGCGUGUUUUUUUAGGGGGAUAGUACAGAAGCAUGCGUCAAAACUGAAAGAUGGAUAUCUGGCUGUGCCCCAAACCCCGACUCCCCUACGGCCAGUGCCGAUAGUGUCUUGGGCAAAAUGCAUGGUAGUUACCGACUACGUUUCCAAGUAACGCACUGUCUCUACAGAAGAGCGAAACCCGGAUUGCAACGACUUCUUUCCUCAAAUCCGGGAGUGAAAAAAAUUUAUUUCUUUAGCAAAGAGCCACUAAUGGAGGAACGAAACCUGUAGCCGGGUGAUAUACACUGAGAAGCCCCACAACCUCCGUUUUGUCACUCGAUUCCUUGUCAGAAAGAGUAAGGAAUGUUUGGAAUACAGAAACGACGGAUGUUUGAUGUUCUUUCUGUACCGGUUAUUGUGGCAGUGAUGUGCUGUGCUCAAAGCGCCAACGAACCAGGCAAUAUGUCUUUUGUGAAAGAGACAGUGGACAAGUUGUUGAAAGGAUAUGACAUUCGUCUUCGCCCUGACUUCGGAGGUGCACCGGUAGCAGUUGGAAUGAGUAUUGACGUGGCAAGCAUAGACAUGGUGUCUGAGGUCAACAUGGAUUACACGUUGACCAUGUACUUCCAGCAGUACUGGAGGGACAAACGUCUUGCCUACUCUGGGAUCCCUCUCAACCUCACCCUGGAUAACAGGGUGGCGGACCAGCUCUGGGUCCCUGACACAUACUUCCUUAAUGAUAAGAAGUCCUUUGUCCACGGUGUGACCGUUAAGAACCGCAUGAUCCGUCUGCACCCUGAUGGUACAGUCCUCUACGGACUGAGAAUCACCACAACUGCUGCUUGCAUGAUGGACCUGAGGAGAUACCCUCUGGAUGAGCAAAACUGCACGCUGGAGAUAGAGAGCUAUGGCUACACGACUGACGAUAUCGAAUUCUACUGGAAAGGAGGAGACACCGCCGUGACUGGCGUGGCCCGAAUAGAACUCCCUCAGUUCUCCAUCGUUGACUACAAUCUGGUCUCCCGAAAUGUUGUUUUCUCUACUGGUGCCUAUCCACGGUUGUCUCUCAGCUUUAGGCUCAAGAGAAACAUCGGGUAUUUCAUCCUGCAGACAUACAUGCCCUCCAUCCUGAUCACUAUCCUGUCCUGGGUAUCCUUCUGGAUCAACUAUGAUGCGUCGGCAGCCAGAGUAGCAUUAGGAAUCACUACCGUGCUGACCAUGACCACCAUCAACACCCAUUUGAGAGAAACACUUCCUAAGAUCCCAUACGUCAAAGCCAUAGACAUGUACCUGAUGGGCUGCUUUGUCUUCGUCUUCCUCGCCCUGCUGGAGUAUGCCUUUGUCAACUACAUCUUCUUUGGUCGAGGCCCGCAGAUGCAGAAGAAACUGGCAGAGAAGACAGAUAAAUCCACCAAUGACCGGCCCAGAUAUGAUGGAAACAAGUCUGUUCAGGAGGGAGGGAAUUGCAAGCCAUCGACCAUUAAACAGUCCAAUCAGGUACAAGGCCACCGUCACUCACGAGGGGUGGAUGCCCAGGGCAACAUCCUCCUGACCACCCUGGAGAUCCACAAUGAGGUGGCCGGGGGCGAAGUCACCACCAGCAUUAGUGAGGCACACAACUCUGCUUCCGUGGAGUUUGACAGCUCAGGGAUCCAGUACCGGAAGGCCAGUGGGCUUCGCUCGGACGCUGCUGGUCGCCAAGCCCUGGACAGAAGUACGCAGCCCAAGAAAGCACGUCUGCGUCGGCGGUCCUCGCAGCUAAAAAUUAAAAUCCCCGAUCUCACGGACGUCAACGCCAUUGACCGAUGGUCACGAAUCAUAUUCCCUGCAACUUUUUCCCUCUUCAAUUUGAUCUACUGGCUUUAUUAUGUGAAUUAAGCCACUGACCUGCGUGGUUUCCCCCUUCACAAUUCUCCUUUCCAUUUUAGAGGUAAAAGGAGACCUUUUUUGUCUUUUUGAGGGACGUGUUUGUGCGCCAAUAUGUUGAGUUUUUUUGUAUUUUUAAACCCUUGCAUUUCUGUGAAGGGUACCAAGGAAAGACGAAAAAUGCACUAAAUUGGGAUACACUUGCAAACACCUUCAAAUCCAUGUCUAUUUCUAUACACACACCCAUACACACCUUCAAACAUAGGAUCAAUUUUAUAAAGACUCUUUGUACAUAACCAAUGAAAGUCGUGGGACUUCCACAUGAGGCAGUCAGACCCUUUUUAACUUCUAUCAGCCAGGAAAAGUCAGCUGGGGUGAAUUUGUUCCAAGCGAUUUAGAUUAAAGGUGUCAUCUCCAAAUGUGACAUACCAGUCAGUCUCUGCUGUUAAGAGUACUGAGAACACAUAAUUGACAUUUGUAUUAUGCCAAAUCAUGGAAAUGCAAUAUAUACUUUAUUUAGGGUUGUGGUUUCACAAGUCUCAGUGUUGGAUAUUUUUCCAUGAGCUGUUCUAUUAAACUUUAGAAUUUUGCUGAUAUCUACAUAUUAUUGUGUAUGAAUGGACUCUGUUUGUAUAUAUUCAUGCUAUAAAAUGCUUUUGGGACAUCAUUUCAAUCUGCCUUGGGUUGAUAUAAAUCACUUUUCACAGACUUGGUGGAAGUACUUCAGCACAUCUAAAAAUAUCAUGGUUUUUACUCAUCACUGUUCAAGAAUAUCCAAAUGUAUAAAAGCAUAAAUGGCAGAAUUGGAAUUUUUAAAUCAGGCCCUACAAAUGAUUUCCGUCAUACUAACAUAUGCAUUAUAGGAUUAUGAUUAAGUAUCAUUCAUACAAUUAUGAUUCAAAUUGUUAAUUUUUGUCAGUGGAUCUAUAGCAUUUAGCAUGUUUAUUUUUUUCAGUGGUACAUUAUGACUCAUUUUUAAUGAAUGUUUGAGUCUGAUAAUAUUAAUGUAGGCCUUUUCUAAACCAUUGUAUGGUCCAUUGACAUUGUUUGUUUUAUUCUUUUUCCCAUUAUUCUCUUUUUCUGCCAAAUUGUAGGCUAAAGGAAUCGUGGUUUGGAGGGUAAAGUGUAAAAUGACCCAACUUGUCUCAGGUUCUACUCCAUAAUGUUCAUGCAUACUUUUCAUUGUUGGCCAUGUGCAUAUAUCAGCAUCAUUUGUUGCAAUUCAUUUCUGUUAUAUCUCCAUGUACACUAAACAUAAUGACUGCAUAUCAUACUUUAUCAUCUUAUUACAAUAGCAUGGUAGUGUUUAUAUCUACUGAAAUACACUAAUUGUAUUCCAUCCUGCUUUGGAGAUAAAUUUGCUGAGUUAUUUGAGUGCUUCAGCAACUGAUGACCAUGAUAUUCAGUGAGAGAAUGAUGUAAUUUAUUUAGAAUGCAGAAAUGAAUAAAUGACCCAAAUAUGUUUAUAUUACCUCUUGGAAAUAGUCUGUUCCGUCAGCAUGUCAUACUCUCAGGCAGCUUGGCAGAUAUGUUGUGUCAGUAGAUGCUCAUUAUUGCAAAUUUGAUUGCUCCUUUUCCUUCUAUUAUAUGUUGUAAAUAUAUGACACAAUAUCCAGAUAUGAUCUCUUUUAUGUUUUUCAUUUUCAAUUUAUUUUAUUCUUUUUUUGUUUGUUUGUUUCUCAGCAAAUCAUCACAUCUCUAUUAAUGAAAUGUUUGAAUUGGCAGGUGUGUGUUGGGUGGAUUUACAGAGAGUCCAGAGAGCAUUGGUUUUAAAAAUAAACUUCACUCUUUCAAGUA